AUGGCUCAAAGAAACAUUAUUUGUUCAGUGCAUUACAAUGGUGUUAUCAGUAACGAUCUAACCAACGGUUUUUCGUUUAGCAAUACCGAAACAAAACGUUUCAAAGUGCAUUGUAGAGCCGAUUUUAUGCAUUUGAAGGAAUGGAUUGUAUCAAAAUUGCAACUUCCUGUAAGUGAAAUUAUUUAUCGACUACCGUUAUUUACUGGAGACAACGGUAACAUUUUUUACGUCAUGAAACAAAUAGAAGACGACGAUGGCGUUAAAGUGAUGUUCGAAUGUCACAAUUCGUUUGCUCCUCUUGACUCAGUCGAGCUUUAUGUUCGCAUUGUUAGUCCUGCAGUUAACCAAUCGCAAGAGUCGCAUUCGCAUCAAUACGCUAUGAGCCAACCCACUAAUGAAGAGCCAACACAAAACAACGAACCAUUUAUACCCAACGAACAAGUGGACGAGUACAGUGAAGAUGAAAUACAAGAAGUGCAAUAUGAAGAUAUUUUUGGUGACCACAAUGACCCUGAUAUUGUUGUGCCGUCGCAGCCUACAAUUGCACGACCGAUUAGCAUGUACGCCCCACCGGAUCACAUGCGAAAUAUCUGUUUAGAAGAGGCACAGUCUGAAUCAAUAUUUGGUUCGCACAAAACAAACUAUAGUGAUGUUGAUUUAUAUGAGGGAAUGGAGUUUGAAGACAAGGAGGAGUGCGUUGCUGUUAUACAACAUUGGCAUAUCACCAAUAAUCUUGAUUAUUGGGUAUACAAAUCUGAUAAGAACAGAUAUGUCAUCAAAUGCACGAAUCCAACUUGCCAAUUCAAAUGUAGAGCAUCAGUUCGUAAGAAGAAUUCCAAAUGGACGAUAGGUAAGUUGAGUGGACCACAUGUCUGCACAACCACUUCAAUGUCGCAAGACCAUAGACAACUUACCUCAGAUAUUGUCUCUCACUGCAUCAGAGAUCUGGUUAACACCGACCCAUCAAUUAAGGUAAAGCUCAUAAUUUCUCAUAUAACAGGAAAGUAUGGUUAUAAUAUAUCUUACAGGAAAGCGUGGAUUGCAAAGGUAAAGGCCAUAGAAUCCUUGUAUGGAAACUGA